AUGGACCACAAGCCCCUGCUGCAGGAGCGGCCCCCCGCCUACAACCUGGAGGCCGGCCCGGGCGACUACGCGUGCGGCCCGCAAGGCUACGGGGCCAUCCCCUCGGCGCCGCCGCCCUACCCCUACCUCGUCGCAGGGCUGCCCACCCACCACCCCAGGGUCUACAGCAUCCAUAGUCGAGAUGUCACACGCUACCCUGCCAACUCCAUCGUGGUCGUCGGAGGCUGCCCAGUUUGCAGAGUCGGCGUCCUGGAGGAUUCCUUCACCUUCCUGGGCAUCUUCUUGGCCAUCAUCCUGUUCCCCUUCGGGUUCAUCUGCUGCUUCGCUUUGAGGAAGCGGAGAUGCCCCAACUGCGGAGCCACCUUUUCAUAA